AAACCACGACACACCUUUGUCAGGACUUGUUUGGAAGCAAAGAGUUGAAAGAAACAAGGUGGAGAGAAAGAGAAGUGAACAUUUUUGAAAGAUCACUCAGCUUUAACACACCUUGGCUGGGUCUGGAUAAAAAAAAGUGAGCACUGCAAAUUUCUAGAAGAAAACAUCAGGGGAAGAAAGAGAGAGGGGGAUUUAUUCAAAGUUGUUUCCAAUUCUUUCAAAACCUCAAACCAGGUGGCUAUGGUAUGGAUGUAACCAAGAAAAACAAACGAGAUGGUACUGAAGUCACUGAAAGAAUUGUCACUGAAACAGUAACAGCAAGACUUACAUCCUUACCACCAAAAGGCGGGACCAGCAAUGGCUAUGCCAAAACAGGCUCUUUUGGUGGAGGGAGCCGAUUGGAGAAACAAAGCCUGACUCAUGGCAGCAGUGGCUACAUAAACUCAACUGGAAGCACACGAGGCCAUGCCUCCACCUCUAGUUACAGGAGGGCUCACUCACCUGCCUCCACUCUGCCCAACUCCCCAGGCUCAACCUUUGAAAGGAAAACUCACGUUACCCGCCAUGCAUAUGAAGGGAGUUCCAGUGGCAACUCUUCUCCGGAGUACCCUCGGAAGGAAUUUGCAUCUUCCUCAACCAGAGGACGGAGUCAAACACGAGAGAGCGAAAUUCGAGUUCGACUGCAGAGUGCGUCCCCAUCCACACGAUGGACAGAAUUGGAUGAUGUUAAGCGUUUGCUCAAAGGGAGUCGAUCGGCAAGUGUGAGCCCCACCCGGAAUUCCUCCAACACACUCCCCAUCCCCAAGAAAGGCACUGUGGAGACCAAAAUUGUGACGGCGAGCUCCCAGUCGGUGUCAGGCACCUACGAUGCAACGAUCCUGGAUGCCAACCUUCCCUCCCAUGUGUGGUCCUCCACCCUACCAGCGGGGUCCUCCAUGGGGACCUAUCACAACAACAUGACAACCCAGAGCUCGUCCCUCCUCAACACCAAUGCCUACUCUGCAGGAUCAGUCUUCGGAGUUCCAAAUAACAUGGCAUCCUGCUCAUCCACUUUGCACCCUGGACUCAGCACAUCCUCCUCAGUAUUUGGCAUGCAGAACAAUUUGGCCCCCAGCUCGACUACCCUGUCCCAUGGCACUACCACAACUUCCACAGCAUAUGGGGUGAAGAAAAACAUGCCCCAGAGCCCUGUGGCUGUGAACACCGGCGUUUCCACCUCUACUGCCUGCACCACAAGUGUGCAGAGUGAUGACCUUUUGCACAAGGACUGCAAGUUCCUGAUCCUAGAGAAAGACAACACACCUGCCAAGAAGGAGAUGGAGCUGCUGAUCAUGACCAAGGACAGCGGGAAGGUCUUUACGGCCUCCCCCGCCAGCAUCGCUGCUACUUCUUUUUCAGAAGACACCCUAAAAAAAGAAAAGCAAGCUGCCUACAAUGCUGACUCAGGCCUAAAAGCUGAAGCUAAUGGAGACCUGAAGACUGUGUCCACAAAGGGCAAGACCACCACUGCAGGUAUCCACAGCUACGGCAGCGGUGGUGUUGGUGGCAGUGGAGGAGGUGGCAAUGUUGGUGGUGCUGGCGGUGGCCCUUGGGGAGCGGCGCCAGCCUGGUGCCCCUGCGGCUCCUGCUGCAGCUGGUGGAAGUGGCUGCUGGGCCUGCUGCUCACCUGGCUGCUCCUCCUGGGGCUGCUCUUCGGCCUCAUUGCUCUGGCCGAGGAGGUGAGGAAGCUGAAGGCUCGUGUGGACGAGCUGGAGAGGUUCAGGAGCAGCAUCCUGUCUGACGAGAAACUGGAGAGAAGCAGCAAGGCCCGCCUCCAGGGCAUGGCACCCACGGUGGGAGCAGACCUGGACAAAAUUGGGCUGAACAGCAACAACCAGGAGGUGCUCUGGAUGUUCGUGAGGAACAAGCUAAUGACGGAACAGGAAAAUGGAAAUCUCCGAGGAAGCCCUGGCCCUAAAGGUGACAUGGGAAGUCCAGGACCUAAAGGAGAUCGAGGGUUCCCUGGGACUCCAGGUAUCCCUGGGCCCUUGGGCCACCCAGGUCCAGAAGGACCAAAAGGUCAAAAAGGCAGCAUGGGAGAUCCUGGCAUGGAAGGCCCCAUGGGCCAGAGAGGGCGAGAAGGCCCCAUGGGACCUCGUGGUGAGCCAGGGCCUCCUGGGUCUGGAGAGAAAGGGGAAAGAGGGGCUGCUGGUGAACCAGGUCCUCACGGCCCACCUGGUGUCCCAGGUUCUGUGGGUCCCAAAGGUUCCAGCGGCUCUCCUGGCCCACAGGGCCCUCCAGGUCCUGUAGGUCUCCAAGGACUCCGAGGUGAAGUGGGACUUCCUGGUGUCAAAGGUGACAAAGGACCGAUGGGACCACCAGGACCCAAAGGUGACCAGGGUGAGAAAGGACCUCGAGGUCUCACAGGCGAGCCUGGCAUGAGAGGUUUGCCUGGUGCUGUUGGUGAGCCCGGGGCUAAAGGAGCAAUGGGUCCUGCUGGCCCAGAUGGACACCAAGGCCCAAGAGGUGAACAAGGUCUUACAGGGAUGCCUGGAAUCCGUGGCCCACCAGGACCUUCUGGAGACCCAGGAAAGCCAGGUCUCAUAGGACCCCAGGGACCUCAGGGACUUCCCGGUACCCCUGGCCGACCAGGAAUAAAAGGUGAACCAGGAGCUCCAGGCAAGAUCGUGACUUCAGACGGGUCGUCAAUGCUUACUGUCCCAGGCCCCCCAGGGCCUCCCGGAGCCAUGGGACCCCCAGGACCUCCAGGUGCCCCAGGCCCUGCCGGCCCAGCUGGUCUCCCAGGACCGCAAGAAACCUUCCUCUCUGGCCCUCCAGGCCCACCUGGCCCCCCAGGUCCCAAGGGAGAUCAAGGUCCCCCAGGCCCCAGAGGACACCAAGGCGAGCAAGGCCUCCCAGGUUUCUCAACCUCAGGGUCCAGUUCUUUCGGACUCAACCUUCAGGGACCACCAGGCCCACCUGGCCCCCAGGGACCCAAAGGUGACAAAGGUGAUCCAGGUGUCCCAGGGGCUCUUGGCAUUCCUAGUGGUCCUUCUGAAGGGGGAUCAUCAAGCACCACGUAUGUGUCAGGCCCGCCAGGCCCCCCUGGGCCCCCUGGGCCUCCGGGCUCUCUCAGCAGCUCUGGCCGGGAGAUUCAGCAGUACAUCUCUGAGUACAUGCAGAGUGACAGUAUUAGGUCUUACCUAUCCGGAGUUCAAGGUCCCCCAGGCCCACCUGGUCCCCCAGGACCUGUCACCACCAUCACAGGCGAGACUUUCAACUACUCAGAGCUGGCAAACCACGUUGUGAGCUACUUACGGACUUCGGGGUACAACAUCGGCUUGUUCUCGUCCUCCAUCUCUUCUGAAGACAUCCUGGCUGUGCUGCAGCGGGAUGACGUGCGUCAGUACCUACGUCAGUACCUGAUGGGCCCUCAGGGUCCGCCAGGGCCACCAGGAGCCAGUGGAGACGGGUCCCUCCUGUCUUUGGACUAUGCAGAGCUGAGUAGUCGCAUUCUCAGCUACAUGUCGAGUUCUGGGAUCAGCAUUGGGCUUCCUGGUCCCCCGGGGCCCCCUGGCUUGCCAGGAACCUCCUAUGAGGAGCUCCUCUCCUUGCUGCGAGGGUCUGAAUUCAGAGGCAUCGUUGGACCUCCAGGUCCCCCGGGUCCACCAGGGAUCCCAGGCAAUGUGUGGUCCAGCAUCAGCGUGGAGGACCUCUCGUCUUACUUACACACUGCAGGUUUGUCAUUCAUCCCAGGCCCUCCAGGACCUCCUGGUCCCCCAGGUCCUCGAGGGCCCCCGGGUGUCUCAGGAGCUCUGGCAACCUAUGCAGCUGAAAACAGCGACAGCUUCCGGAGCGAGCUGAUCAGCUACCUCACAAGUCCUGAUGUGCGCAGCUUCAUUGUUGGUCCCCCAGGCCCUCCUGGGCCGCAGGGACCCCCUGGGGACAGCCGCCUCCUGUCCACGGAUGCCUUCCACAGUCGGGGUAGCAGCUCCUCCUCACACAGCUCGUCUGUCAGGCGGGGCAGCUCCUACAGCUCUUCCACGGGCACAGGAGCUGGCACAGGCUCCGUGGGUACAGGGGGUGCCUUUGGUGCAGCUACAGGAGAUGGGGGCCCCUAUGGCACUGACACCGGCCCAGGCAGAGGCUAUGGGGCAGCAGCAGAAGGCAGCAUGUAUGGUGGCAAUGGCGGACUAUUUGGGGCUGACUUUGCUGGAGGUCUGGAUUACAAUGAGCUGGCUGUGAGAGUAUCAGAGAGCAUGCAGCGUCAGGGCCUACUGCAAGGGAUGGCCUACACUGUCCAGGGCCCACCAGGCCAGCCUGGGCCGCAGGGACCACCCGGUAUCAGCAAGGUCUUCUCUGCCUACAGCAACGUGACUGCGGACCUCAUGGACUUCUUCCGAACUUAUGGAGCCAUUCAAGGACCCCCUGGGCAGAAAGGAGAGAUGGGCACUCCAGGACCCAAAGGUGACAGGGGCCCUGCUGGGCCACCAGGUCAUCGUGGGCCACCUGGCCCUCGAGGGCACAAGGGAGAAAAAGGAGACAAAGGUGACCAAGUCUAUGCUGGGCGGAGAAGAAGAAGAAGUAUUGCUGUCAAGCCAUGAGCUAGCUAUGGCAGGACAGCUCCUGGACCAGGUGUCAUAAUGCAUAUGGCACUUAGGUCCAAGCUCUCCAGAGGGUGAAAGCUGGAGUCUGUUAAUGUCCUACUGAGACAGCAUAGCCAACCUAGCUAACAACAUUUGUUUUAGUCUGAACAAUAUAUACUUAUAGAAUUCAGUCGAAGAUACACAAUCUGAAACAGCUUCAUGGGGUGGACUCUAGUAAGAGUAGUUGCAAUGUUUUAGAAUGAGAUUUACUUCUCUGCUAUCUAGAUCUGAACUCCUUGGCUUCUUUACUUAGUUCAAGCCCCAGCCUAGGAAAGCCAGUUACAUAAAAGUUGGCUCGGGAAUCUUAGAGCUUUGCCUAAAUACGAGCCCAGAAAAGAGAGGAUGGGGAUGGAGUGCCUUCCUGGAGGUGACACUUGAUGGGGGUGUGUUCUGGUUACUGCGGCAAGGCUGUGCCAUCAUCAGCUCCUUCCUCCCCUGUUCAUUCUGCAUUCUGUAGUCAGUUGGCUAAGAAGUGACUCUUGCAACUAAAAAAAUUAAGAAAUUCACUUCCCCUCUAGGAGGUGAUAGUUUCUAAUGGUUAUCAUAUAUGUAUAUCACAUUCCCAUUUGCUUAGAAAGUCUGAUUGCAGCCAUGAUUGUCCAUAGGCCCAUGCUAGAGUUCAUGGAUAUGUUAUACUGAACCAGGCUAGAGCAAACAGAAAAACAAGGAUGAAAGGCAAUGGACAAGGAAGGAAGAAAGGGAGAGGGGGAAAACAGAAUACCUGAUGCUGGGGACACAGCGUCAGCUCAAGACGUCACCCUCCGUUCUGCAUUCCGAAAAUGGCACUUGGGGGACAGGGCACAGUUGGUCUUUAACCACUUUUCAAUGUCUAAAAACAUUUGUUUGUGGUCUGUAAGAUGAAACAUCAUUUCAAUUGUAAAAUUUCCAAUUAAAUUUUUUUUCUU